AAAUUUACAGAACCAACCGAAAUUCAAAAUAGUACCAUUCCAAAAGGAUUGAAAAAGAGUAAUAUUGUUGCGAGUGCAAAGACAGGUACUGGUAAAACUGCUGCCUAUUCUCUUCCAAUAAUUCAAAAAAUAAUUACUGAGAGAAUGAGAAGAAGAUUGGCUCCACCUGGAGAGAAACAAAUUUACAGCUUAAUUUUGUGUCCAACUAAAGAGUUGGCUGAACAAGUUUCUGAACAUAUUAAUAACUAUGUGAAUUAUACAUUACAAAUUGGUUUGAUAUUUGGUGGUGCCUCUAAAAUUACACAAUUGAAAACAAUUAAUAAUGGUUUGGAUAUUCUCAUUGCCACCCCUGGUAGACUUGUGGAAUUGUUAAAGAAGGAUGACGAUUUAAAGUUGAAUGAUGUUCGUUAUUUGGUAUUGGAUGAGUGUGAUAGAAUGUUAAACAUGGGAUUUUUACCAGAACUCAAAUAUAUUUACAAUCACCUUCCAAAGCCAAGUAAUGAAAGAGAUGAAAUGCAAAUUUCCAUGUACUCUGCAACUCUUACCAAGGAUGUAGAGGAUCUCAUUUGUAGAUUUGCUCCAACACAUGCCCUCUUCAACUUGAAUCAAGAAUUUAGUAUUCCAGAAAAGAUCAAACACAUCAAGUACUCUGUAAGCAAGAAGGAAAUGAAAUUCAAGUUACUGCUCUAUCUUCUCAAGAGAAAAGGUUCCUUGAGAGAUAAGAAGGUACUCAUAUUUUGCAGAACGAGAGAAAAGGUUGAAAGAUUGGCACAAAAUCUUGCCACGAGAGGAUACAAAGCUGUUGGUAUUCAUAAGGAAAAGAGUUUAUCAUUCAGAACUAAUGCCAUCAAAUCAUUUUCAAGUCAAGAAGAAGGAGAGUGUCAAAUUCUAAUUGCCACUGAUGUUCUUGCAAGAGGUAUCGAUGUUCCUGAUUUGCCUUGUGUUAUCAAUUAUGAUGUUCCUGCCAAACCAGAAGAUUAUGUCCAUCGUGUUGGUAGAACAGGUAGAGCAGGUAAUGAAGGUUUAGCCUUCUCAUUCAUCUCCAAG